AAGAGAACAGGUAGUGAGAGUGGCGCCCACCCUUCCCCAAUCCGCCCACCAGCAACCUCCCACGUCAGUCAGAGUAGCUCAACGGCUCAUCCAUCCAUUCAUCCUCUCGCCUACGUUGAGGCAGCCCACCAGCACGAGCAAGAAACCACUGAACACUAGCGAGGCGCCAUGCUCGGCCUCUGCGUCCUCUGCGGCGCGCCACCGGCCACCGUCUCGGCACCGCCGCCGAGAGCCCGCUGCAGCGCGCCGGAGAAGAGCGGCCGGGCGUUCCUCCUGGGCGUCCCUGCGGCCGUCUCGCUCUCGCUCGCCCUCUGGUCCACCCCAGUGAGCGCCGGCAUCCUGUCAGGGUCCACCGGGCUGGAGUCGGUUCCAGCGCCCCCGAUGCCCCGGCUCGAGUUCCUGGACAAAUGGAAUGCGGAGAACCAGAGGAAGUACGCGGAGAAUGACUCGAGGUUCAAGUCCUCCAAGGUGCUCAAGGAGCUGCUGGAGAAGUCCAAGCAGAACAAACAGAAGAACGAGAGGGAGAUCCAGGACAAGUACUGCCUGCGGGGCGCCGAGUGGGGCGUCGGCGACUGCUCCACGGUGGGGAUGACGGACCAGGAGAAGGAGGACUUCAUCACAGAGCUCAGGAAAAGAGUUGGGGAAUGAACGGACCACGCUGCAGCAUCCGACUCAAUUGCUCGCCAGAAACAGAGUUCUGGCACUGCAGAGCUGCUUCUUGCCACAGCGGCAGGAUGUAGUGGUAGCAUAGUUAUUACUAGAGAAAGAGAGAUUUGAUCUGAGGGGGGGAUGAACAGUUGGCAAAUACACAAUCUAGUUCAGAACAGCUGAUGGUUUAAAAAGGUCAAUGGGAAUAGUGGCCUCUUGUUAUGUCAGUAGUACUCCAUGCGAAAUUUGAAUUUUCUCCGUCA